CAGAUAUGGACCCUGUCUGGAUGCAGAUGUGUGUGAUCAGGUGUGUAUUCAUUCUAACAUCUCUUAUACCUGUGAGUGUCGUCAUGGUUACAUGAAGAGCUCAGGGACUGGGCGGUGCCUGGCUACAGGGGAUACAGCAGCGGUGGUCUUCAGUAGCAGUGAGGGAAUCGUGUGGAUGAAGCCUGAUGGGUCUGAGAAUAAAAAGCUCACCAACACAACAGGAACAUCAGGAGCUUUAACCUCUCACACUGCUGAUAACACACUGUACUGGACCAACACUGAACACAUCUAUAGGAUGGUUCUGGAUGCAUUAGAUCAUGAACCCUCAGUGAUGUUCUCUGGAGUCAGUGGGAUUGUGGGUCUGGCUGUGGACUGGAUUAAUGAGGUUCUGUACUGGACCAGUAACAGUACUGGAGCUGUUCAUGCUGCAGAACUGAACGGAAGUGAACACACUCCUCUAAUCUCGGGUCUGUCGUCCCCGACCGCUGUCGCCGUGCAGCCUGUAGUCGGUUUCCUGUUCUGGGCCGACGCUGGAGUUUCUCCCAGAAUCGAGCGCUCUGGUCUGAACGGACAGAACAGGAAAAUCCUGGUCAGCUCCAUUAUUCAGAACCCCGUCUCCAUCGCUCUGUAGCCUGUUAUUAAAGAGAUGAUUAUGGUGGUGUUAAUGAGCAGACGUUCCCCGUGGGCUGCUGUACUGGGCCGACUCGGGCCUGAACACCGUGUCGAGGGUGGCGUACGACGGCCUGCACAGGAAGACGGUGGUGGAAUCAAACGGUUAUCUGAACCAGCCAUUUGGACUGGCCGUGUUUGAGUGUAGUGUGUACUGGACUGACAGGCUUAAAUCUGCGAUCUGCCAUGCUGGUAAACACAACAAGGCUCUGCUUAAAGUCACCCUGAUCUCUGGAGGGAGCUCUCCAGCAGGAUUGCUCAUCUACCACCGGCUCCUGC